AUGAGAUCAUAUAUUUCAUUAUUGUUGAUAUCAUGUCUAGUUUGGACUGUUAUCAUUGGAUGCCCUGAUUAUCCAACACCUGUAAAGAUCGAUACUCAACACCCAAUCCUCUUAAAGGCUUAUGCUGAAGUAGAUGCUCUACUUCAGGAACGUAUGCAAGAGAAUGGUAUCAAGAGUUUCAUGGCAACAAUUGUAUAUCAAGAUGAUCUAGUAUGGUCCAACACCUAUGGCAAGGUUAAUCCUCUCGAUCCAAACUCCCCACCUCUGUCCAUUGAUAACAAUAUUCGUAUUGCAAGUAUUACCAAAUCCUUUGGUACAUUGAUGAUGUAUCAGUUGCGUGAUAAGGGAGUUCUAUCACUUGAUGAGCCAGUGAACAAGUAUUACCCAGAGUUCACAAUUAUGAACCCAUUCAUAACAAAGAAGGAUAUUACUUUCCGUCAAUUGGCAUCCCAUCAAGCUGGUUUGCCACGUGAGGUGCCUUGCAACUUUGACAUGCUCGACGAUCCAAACGUCUGCGGUGAAGAGACCAUUAUGGAGAACUUGGCCAAGUACAUCUUGAUCCUACCACAAUACCAAACAGCCCAUUAUUCCAAUCUUGGUCUGGCACUCUUGGGCAGGACCUGUGAGAAGGCUGCCAAGCAAAAGUACGAGGACUAUGUCGAGGAGAAGAUCCUUUCCCCAUUGGGCAUGGACCGUUCUACAUACAACUACAGCGCCGUAAAGGACAACAUGGCUAUCGGUAUGCAUCUUGACAAUGGUACAUACAGUGUUGCCAACAUCACCCUGUUUGGCUGGGGUACACCAAUGGGCGGCCUGUUCUCUACCGGUCGUGAUAUGGCCAAGUAUUGCAGCUUCUGGUUGUCUGAUGGAGGUGAUAUCCUCGAUAGCUCAACGAUGAACGAAGCCAUUGUGUCCACAGUCUACCUUGUCAACGAUGGCCAGAGCUCAUUCGGCACUCCAUGGGAGACAAUGUACAGCACCGGUCUCCAGAACAACCUUUGGAUCCGUAUGAAGGGUGGCGCACUUGAUGGAUACCGUUCUCAGUUGGCCAUGGUCCGUGAGUACGGUGUUGGAGUGUUCUUCUCAUCGCUCAUGUACAUCUCCACCCCAGACCUCUUUGUCGGCGACGCCAUGAACAUCCUCCUGCCAGCCUUUGACCAGGUGCUCCGUGAGGCUCAGGCUCCACCCGAGCUGUCUGGUUACCCUGCCGAGGCAUUCAUCGGUAUCUACGAGUAUGAGGGCUCAAUCUUUAGAGUGCAAAUGUUGAAUGGCUCACUCCAGGCAGACUUUGGCGACGACAACUACUUUAGCUUCAUGGACUUCUUGCCAGAGUUCCCCACCGUCAAGAGGAUUCAAAUCAUGAACACCAAUCCGUACAUGUGUAUGUUUAUCAACGAUGGUGAAAACUAUGAGCUAUGCUACUUCACGAUCUCUGGCGAUCACGCCACUAGUGCUCUAGUCAUGGGACAAGAGAUGCUGUUGACAAGCAAGGACCCUACGAUCCCAAUUCACCCUAAGCGAUCCCACCACCGAUUCCUACUCUGA